AUGUCUUCGAACGUGAACAACAAUACAGACUUCUUUGGCUUCACUGAUCCGGUCGAAGAUGGAAACAGUCCACAUUCAAAUGGCCAAGGAUUCACGAACACAAAUUCAAAUUCAAACCCAAAUCCGAACCACAAUACAGCUCAUGGCCCCGUCUUCUUUGGACCACCUCCUCCGCCGAGCCACGUCUUUCACAACAACGAUGCAACCACAGCUCCGUCUAUUUUCGGGCAAUAUGGCCAAGCUUUCCAGAGCGGGAACAUACCUGCUGCCCCCUCAUACUUUGGGCCACCUGCUAUACCACAGACACCUACCUUUCCGUCGAACCCAGGCCAUGGUCCAGUCUCUCUCGGCCAGUUUGGCCACAAUUUUAAUAGCGGGAACAACUAUCUCACUGCCUCAUACCUAGAGACACCCUCCUUACCAGCAUCAGCCACCUUUGCUCCGACUCCAGGUCCUUCUCAAACCCACUUUGGGCAAGCUGGACCAACAUUGCAGAGCGGGAACAUGACUAUAUCCCCCUCAUACGACUACAUCGAAUCACCGGAAUUUGAAUCACCACCCACCUUCCCUGCUCAAGUCUUCUUCGGCCCACCGCCUCCACCACCCCUACCCGCCAUGAACACCCUUCCACAGCAUAACCUGGUCAAUAAUCCUCAACCUCCUUCCAUAGGCGAAUUUGCCCAUGUGAACCACUGGGCUCUACCUCAUUUGGUCAUCGGAAGCCAGAAUGCCCCCGCGCAAGGUCCCCAACAUGCCCCUAACCCAGUCGAGGGGUUCGGCGGGCUAAACAUCCAAGGUGCCUCCGUGCAGCCUGAGGAUGAGAGCGAAGAUGAAGACAUGGACAUGGACCCCUCCGCCGAGGGCCUGGACUUCGGCAACUCCGACGAAGACUACAGCGAGGACUCCGACUUCGAAUACGACUACGUCGACGAGAACGACAAUCCCGUACCUGCUUCCAAACUACCCAAAAACGCCGCAAUGAAAGCCAUGAUGACCUCCAACCGCGUGCGCGACGCCGCAAUGCCCGACACCGACGCCGGCGACCUCGACCACGACGACGACUUCCCCGAGAUCGAGGAGAUCGAACACGCCGACGACGAAGAGGACUCAGACUGGGAAGACGAUCCAACCGGGUACCAAGACCCCGCCGACCCCCGCGCCGCCGCCUUCUCCGGGCCCUCAACAAGCACCGCUCACCCCGUACCCGCCACCGUCCCCUCCUUCACAAGCAUAACCACCAACCCCCUCACAUCCCUCGGCAUCCUCCCCACCACCACCCAACUAACCCAAAGCCUCAAGCGCGCCCGCUCCCCGUCCCCCACCCCCUCCUUCGAACAAUCACCAGCACCAACCUCUCCCCUCCUCUCCACCAAGAAACCCCGUCUCACCCCAUCGACACACUCCCCCCUCGAAGCCCUCGCCAGCCACCCCGAACUCUACUUCGAGCUCUGCGCCCACCUCCUCCCCUCCUCCCUCCUAACCCUCUACGCCACCUCCCGCCUCUUCCACGCAACGCUCAAUACGCACCUCACGCACGCUCUCAAGACGUGCGCGCGCGCCUUCGCCCCUCUCGCGGGAAGGAUCUGCAGACACGGGAUGUACGACUCUCUCUGCAUCUUCGACCCGUCCGGGCGACGCGAGCUUACGAACUGGGCGCUGGUGCGGCGGGUUCCCAGUUUCCGGUGGUUGGCGAUGGUGGUUCAUCGGGAGAGGUGUGUGAGGGAUAUCCUUGCCUGUCUAGCGCGGGAAGGUCAUAGGCUGCCGAAGAGCAUGGGGGAGACGCUGGUGAAGACUUGGGUGGUGAUGGAUGUUGCCACGACGGCGGGGAGGAUUUGUCUAGUCCAUAAUGAGACGUGGUGGACUGAUGUGGAUUGCUGGAAUGUGCAGGCGUGGGUGCUCAAGCUGGGAAUGCGGUUUAACGAGCCGAUGACGGGGAUUGGGGAUGAUGGGCUUGUGAGGGUGAUGUUGGGACAGCGCGGGUUGACGCCGUUGUGGCGGUUGUUGAUGCGUAGGGGGUUUACGACAGCAGUAGAGGUAUUGCGCGCCGCAGUGCGGUACUGUUAUGAAGUCAGGCCCGAAAACUGCGGGAUGUCUAUCUUCGGGGUCCCUCCCGCGGAGAUCGGGCAACUGCACCUCGAAGGGUGGGGAGCGGGAAAGAUCCAUCUGUUUAGGAUUGAUGAGCUGGUGAUGAGGGAGUCGGUGAGGAGGAGGUUGAGGCUGGAUGAUCAUCUGCUUUAUAUGAUGUUAUGGGGUCAUGUGGAUCCGGUUACGGGGAGGGAUAUUAGGCCGACUGAUGAGGAGAUGUAUAUGAGUGAUACCGAGGACGAGGAUAGGGCGAUUGGGGCGAGGAUUAGGGCGGAACAGAAGAAGGAGAGUGCGGAGAGGAAGGCGGAGAGGGCGAGGAUGAGGAGGGAGAGGGCGAAGGUUGGGUUUGGGGGUGGGGAUACGGAGAUGGGAGAAGAAGGCGACGAGGAGGGUGGGAGCUGCAGGAUGGAUAAGGGAAAGGGAAGGGAGAUGCCAGAAGUCGAAUCCGACACCACGGAUUACUCAACCGACCUCGAAGACAACGUAGAUGAGUGGCGCGGAAUCGAGAUUGACGACGAGACGGCCUGGGAGACGGAGGAUGAGGACAUGGCGGAGGCAAGUCUGUUUAAUGAUCUGCGCGAUGCGGGGGCGGUGGGACCGAGUGGGUGGAGGAGGAAGAGGGGGUCGGAGAGUGAGAGUGAGAGUUCGGGGGAUGAGGGGGAUGAUGAGGAGGAUGGGGAUGGGGGUGAUGAUUGGGAUGAUUAG